GCCCACUGGUUGACGUCACAAGACGGUACACUCAGAUGGGAAGUAGUAACCCUCGGUGAAGUUGUCACUAAAAUCUCACAGAAAAUGGCAACUUUUUUGCUUCGCCGUUUAUUCUCACCAAAUCGGAGAAAUACCCUGCUUACAUUGAUCUUCAUUUUAAUAUCCAUUCCGCCGCUCAGUGCUGUAUUAGAGCAGGGGAAAUGGACUCUAAAUGUGGACAGCGAAACAGUAAAGACACAAAACUACUUCUAUUUCUCAAAGACAAUGUUUAAUAACUCUCAGGUUGAAAUCAAAUGGCUCAAAGAAGAAUGCAAUCCUAAAGUAAACCUGAGUAUAUCAUGGCAUCUACGCAGCUCCCGGUGCUUUGAAGAGGCAUUUGGCCUAGAUCCUCAAAAAGCAUUAUUGUACUUCAACGGGAACACAGUGAUUAAGAGUGGCGAUAGCGGUUACUAUAUCAACCACGCUUAUAAAACCAUUGAAUGCCACCAACACAUGACCAGUAAUGUGUUGGCAUUGCAAAAUUCCAAGAUAAUAGCUCUGAAUGAUCCAACAAAGGGAACAUCUGAAUCAGCGAAAAAAGGAGAGACACAGAGAAGAACUGAAAAUAUUUGCUUCGAUAUCAAAAUGGCUCAUUGCAACAUAGUUUUCCACUUCAUUGCUAUAUUUUUAGCUGAUGCUUUAGAAACCACUUCAAAGGUGUCAAGCAAUGUUGUGGAAAACAAAAACAAGAUUCUGUCAGUUCUUAAUCAGAACCCUACACACGACAGAGUGGCACAGACCUGGGAGGACAGCCCGUACAUGUUCAUUCUGCGCAUUGAAAAUCCAAAUGUAGAGACAAAAUGGAGCAUUAAGUUGGAAGUCAACAUGCGGGGCCCUUAUCAGUAUAUUUCAGCCACGGAUUGGCCUUUGAUGAUUUUCUAUAUGGUGAUGUGCAUUAUUUACGUGGUCUUGGGUGUUCUGUGGCUUGCACUUUCUGCAUGCUAUUGGAGAGACCUUUUAAGGAUCCAGUUCUGGAUAGGAGGCGUCAUUUUCCUCGGCAUGUUGGAGAAGGCUGUCUACUACGCAGAGUUUCAAAGCAUCCGCUACGAUGGUUUUUCAGUCCAGGGUGCAGUGGUCUUUGCUGAGGUCUUAUCAGCUGUGAAAAGAACUCUGGCUCGAGUACUUGUCAUAAUUGCCAGUUUGGGUUAUGGUAUUGUCAAACCAAGGCUUGGAGCAUUGCUGCACAGGGUGGUAGGAGUAGGUCUGCUCUAUCUUGGCUUCUCUGUGGUCGAAGGAGUUUUAAGAGUCAACUCUGAGCAAGGGAGCUCCAGCAGACUACUGUGUGACAUUGUUCUGGCUGUCACUGACUCUUGCAUUGUGUGGUGGAUAUUCAUAAGCUUGGCACAGACCAUGAAGCUUUUGCGGCUUAGGAGAAACGUGGUUAAACUCUCCCUUUACCGCCACUUCACCAACACCCUCAUCUUCGCAGUCAUAGCUUCAGUCAUUUUCAUUGUUUGGACAACAAAGACCUUCAAGUUGACAAAAUGCCAGUCUGACUGGAGGGAGAUGUGGAUAGAUGAUGCAUUCUGGCGUUUUCUCUUCUCUACCAUCUUGCUUGUCAUCAUGUUCUUGUGGAGGCCAUCUGCCAACAACCAGAGGUAUGCUUUUAGCCCAUUGGUGGAUGAGCUCAGUGAUGAGGAGGAGGCAGAACAACUAAUGAAUGAAGCUUUUGAGGGUGUAAAAAUGAGAGGUAUUAAAGUAGAAACCAAUGGCAGUGUAAAGCCUAGUAAAGUGGAUGAAGAUCUGAAAUGGGUUGAGGAAAACAUCCCCUCUUCAAUGGCUGAUGUUGCACUGCCCCCUCUGUUGGACUCGGAUGAGGAAAUCAUGACCACAAAAUUUGAGAUGUCAAAAAUGGAAUAGAAUUAUGCCAUAUGUAUGUGUUGUAAAUAUCGAGUGUCUGUGAAUGUAAACACUUAUUUUAUCUUGAAUUAUAAGUGAUGUAUAUACAUAUGUGGGAUGUGAAUAUUGGAGGUUUCGAGCUGAUAGUUAUUAUUUUGCCUGUAUUGCCUGUUUGUAUUUAUAUUUUCAUUGGAAAGAUCUUGGCUUCUUCAACUUAAACUGUAAUCACAUUUGCCAUUUGUUUACACAUCUGAAAUACAAAAUGUGAUUAAAACCCACUACUUUAUACUAA